CAAAUAUUCAAUUCAUUUUAUAAUAUGUUAAUCGAGUUUAAUAUAUAGUUUGUGUUAUAGUUAUAAUUAUAUACAGAUAUAUAUAAUAGUUAUUUAAGUAAUAAUUUAAUAGCAAUUGUGCGAAGAGAUGGACACUCCGUCCACAUCCGGGUUUAAGCGACCGAUUGGUAAACAAACUUCUGAUCCCAACACUGGCUCCCAAUCAACGCAUCCAAAGACAAGCCAAUUGUCAGACAAACCAGAGCUGGCGAUGGAUAGCGAGGACAGGGAAGACAGGGAUGAGAUUGAGUGGGAUAUCUGUGACGAGAGUGAUGACGGUGUGGAUGGCGAUGAGGGCGAAGUGGUGAUGGUGACCCAUGAGCUGCAUGAUGUUAAUCUGAGCGGAAGGGGAAGAGUGGAUAUGUCUAACUUUGAACUCCUCAAAGUGCUCGGCACCGGAGCUUAUGGAAAGACAAUAUUGUUUUGGUUAGAUUACGUGAGUGGAGGGGAACUGUUCACUCAUCUCUACCAACGCGACCAUUUCAAUGAGGAUGAGGUGCGCAUAUAUAUCGGCGAAAUCAUAUUAGCACUCGAACAUCUUCAUAAACUCGGCAUAAUAUAUCGCGACAUUAAGUUAGAAAACAUUUUACUCGACUCUGAGGGACACAUAGUGUUGACUGACUUUGGACUUAGCAAAGAGUUUUUACCGCACGAAACGGAUUUGAGAACUUAUUCAUUUUGCGGGACAAUCGAGUAUAUGGCGCCAGAAGUGGUUAGGGGUGGCUCUACUGGUCAUGAUUUUAGCGUUGACUGGUGGAGUGUGGGUGUAUUGACAUACGAGCUCUUGACCGGCGCCUCGCCUUUCACUGUGGAGGGAGAGAAGAACACUCAACAGGAGAUCUCUCGAAGAAUCCUCAAAAGUCAUCCGCCGAUUCCAGAGCACCUCUCCUACGAAGUCCAGGACCUGAUUCGACACACAUUAGUGAAAGAUCCGCGAAAACGUUUGGGCGGAGGAGUGAACGACGCCUUAGAAAUAAAAAAUCAUCCGUUUUUUAAGUCAAUCAAUUGGGAAGAAUUGGCGAACAGACGUAUUAAAGCGCCAUUUGUGCCAAAGAUUACGGGAGAACUGGAUGUUAGUAACUUUGCCGAAGAGUUUACUUCAAUGAUUCCAACCGACUCUCCGGCCGUCAUUCCUGCCAACGACGAGAAGAUAUUUAAAGGCUAUUCAUAUGUCGCGCCGUCUGUUCUGUUCAGUGAGAAUAUCAUUUCCGACGAUAUAUUUCUAGACAGAACUCAUUUCCAUCACAAAAAGUCAUUGUUUUCUAGUACUAACACUAAUACCAAUACUAACUGCAAAGAUCUCCUCAAUGCUCAGACCGAUGACAAAGAUAUAUCGCAACUCUUGGCCUCAAAAUUCAAAAACUCUUCAUUUUUCCAAAAUUAUGACUUAAAAAUAAACGCAGGAAUUCUCGGCGACGGAAGCUUUUCCGUCUGUCGUAAGUGUGUCCACAAGAAGACUGGUAUUGAAUACGCGGUUAAAAUAGUGAGCAGAAAGAUAGACACGAGUCGUGAGAUCCAACUGUUGCGGUCAUGUCAGGGACACCCGAAUGUAGUGAAUCUGAUGGACGUUUUUCAGGAUGAAGUGCACACUUAUAUUGUGAUGGAGUUGUGCGGCGGCGGAGAACUGCUCGACAAGAUUAGAAAGAAGGAUAGGUUUACUGAAGUAGAAGCCGGACAUAUCUUUCGAGGACUCGCCUCUGCCGUUGCAUUCAUGCAUUCCAAAGGCAUUGUUCACAGAGACCUAAAGCCUGAGAAUCUCCUGUUUGUAAACGAUUCUCCGACGAGUGAAGUAAAAGUGGUUGACUUUGGUUUCGCUCGCUAUCAGCCAACAGAUAAUCAGCUCAUGAAGACUCCAUGUUUUACACUCAACUACGCGGCGCCUGAAGUCCUAAAGCAAGCACUGAAUACAAAAACAGACGCGGGAUAUGAUGCCAGUUGUGAUAUGUGGAGUUUAGGCGUAAUCUUAUUCACAAUGUUGUCCGGAAGUGUGCCCUUCCAGUCGUACAGUCGAGAGGCGAGUGCGGCCGCUAUUAUGCAACGAAUACGAGAGGGAGAGUUCUCCUUCUCUGCUCCACAAUGGGAUCUCGUCUCAACUCAAGCCAAGAAUGUAAUCAAAGGCUUAUUAACAGUGGAUCCAAAGCAGAGGAUAACAAUGAAUGAUAUGUUAUCGCAUCCAUGGGUUGUCGGGCAACUGAAAGGCGGUUAUUCUAACACUCCUUUGAUGACACCCGAUGUCUUAAGCAGUCACUCGAGUACGACUAGAGCCACAGAAACGGCUAUUAAAGCAACUUUUGAUGCCUUCCAUAUGGCAAGGCUUGAAGGCUUCCGAUUGCUGGACGUUUCGGCCGCACCUCUGGCUCAGAGACGCAAACUGAAGAAGAGUUCGACUGAUGCUCGCAGUAGUAGUUGUAGUAGCAAUAGCUCCAUAUCUGGCACUCGCAGUCACGGCAAUAGUAGUUCAUCGAGUUCUUCGACAUCACAGCGAACGCACUCCUCAUUGACAACACCGACGAGUCUGCGCCCAACCAGUGAUGUCAGCGAUUCCGUAUUCAACUACUCUGAGUCGAAAGUGUCGGCCUAUUUGUCAGGAUUGCCAACAAUUAGUGAUUCAACGGAAGCACAACUACUUCUAAGUCAUAAUCUCUUUUUCGCAGAAGACCCGAUCACUUCAUCUACCUUUUCGGCCAUUAAUCCAUUCUUAGAUAAUAACAAUAACAACUCAACGCUUCUUUGUCCUUCCAUAUCAGCAUCAGUUGCAUCGACGCCAUCAAUAGCUUCAAAUGUGUCCACACUUUCCUCAUUAUCAUCGAAGAGAGAACGAGACGAGAGCUGCGAAAUAGUUGAUGAGUACUUAUCCACUAGUAAUACAAAUACUACUACUAAUACUACCAUCACUUCUUCGCCUAAUAAUACCAUCACUUCUUCGCCUAAUAAUGCCAUCACUUCUUCGUCUAUAAGUUCAACAAAUAACUCGAGUUCAGCACAAACUAAACGAAAGCGAUUGAAAACAAUUGUGAUCGACUAAAAUGCCUGUCC